UCCAUGUCCAUGCGGAGAGCCAUGGCAAGUUACAGAGCUCAGGCCAGGGCUGAGACAACAAAACGCCUUCUCGCACAACUAAUUAACGAAGGACUGGUUGACACAGAACUGUCUACAUGGUCUAUAUCUGCUGAAAAAUCACAUCUUCGCAUUACAAAUAAAGGAGACGCUGUGCGGUCGAUACAAGUCACUGUGAUCGACCGCUUCGAGUCUCGGUCCCAGUGGAGGCCGAAUGACUUUGAAGUUCCUGUAGUCCUCAAACACUGUACAAUUGAGACGGAAGAAGAUGAUCCAGGUUCUGUCUGGGAAUUUAUUCAGUCCUGGCUUGAUUGCGAUGGCGCAACGAGCAAAGAAAUCGCAGGCGAGCUGCGCAACUCGGCGGCCAUGUUAGAAAAAUGGAUGGAAAUCGCGGCCACGCAGCCAGUGCUGGACCGGAAAGCUGGCUUUCUUUCCUGGGAGAGGUCUCUUAUUUCCGGCCACCCAACUCAUCCGGCAUAUUUGCAAAAUCCUGUUGGACCCGACGAACUGCCGGCGAUGCUCAACCCGGGCCUCUCGUUUGUGGCCUUGCCCCGGUCUUCCGUCUGCGUGUUUGGAGCUUUUGAAAAACUCACACAGCCUCUGCAGCGACUGUUCGGUGGAAUCGAACUUAGUGCUUCAGACGGAAAAGAGAAGAUAAUAGUACCGUGUCUUUUACAACAGCUCCCUGCAGUGACAAAAUUCUUCCCAAACGCCGAGGUCGUCAAAUCCAUUCCAAACUGUGGCCAGGCCCAGGCGGCGAUACGCACAAUCACAGUGCCAGGCUUCCAAUUUGACAUCAAGUUCUCACUCGCCUGCCUGCUAACAUCGGCAGUCCGGGCCCUUCCAUGCUGGGCUGCAGCUGUCGCGCCCAACGUGACAGAUGUCCUGAAGAGGGUUUUCCCCGAGGAUCUAUGGGUAUUUGGAGAAGUCGCCGCAGUGACAGGAAACCAAGAGAAGAUCGCCGAGGCUCGUCAUUUGACCUGUAUUCUCCGGGAGAAUCUCGAGUCUAGAGCGGAGGAGAAUAACGAAACGCUGAUACUGGCGUCGGCCUUGAUGGAGAGACCGCUCGGCGGCCACCGCACAUAUGCAGAGUUAUAUUCAACCACUUCUACGCAUAAAGAGGCAAUCAUAGCAAACCUCGCCGAUUGUGUCCGUCCGUACGGAACUAUCCCUGACACCUCGCGAACGCUCAACCCGUAUCCGGCCCUACUUCCUCAGCAAUUCAUCAGAGACCUAGAAAGAUUCAACGAGGUACUAGCUCUCGCUUACAAUAAUAUUAUUCCACGGUGGUGGAAAGACACCGAAGCGAAAUUUUCCAGUCGAAUGCCACUGGACCCUCGGGCUGAGGCUUUGCUCCGGGGGAAUCUGAGACCUGAUAUAUUGAUUCCAAUCAGUGCCGCCGGGAAUGACACUCCCGGGUUUCGAGUGUGUGAGAUCAAUGCGCGCUUCUCAAUAAACUUCCUCCACUGGGUGGCGACUGCAUACGAAGCUUUAGCAGGGUGUACAAGGCACAGUGCAUCCGUCAAACCAGCUUCAAAUCACACUCGAUUAUUGGACAGUUUACUGGAGCUGUUUAACCCCAAGCUUCCCAUCCACUUUGUUCGAGAUAAAGCAGGCAUGUCCCAAGACGGGUCUCUCUUUGGCUGGCUAGAGUCUCAGACCGGAAUAAGGCCAAGGAUAGUUAGCCCUAGCGAUCUCCGACUUGUGCCAGACGCCACUACGAGGACUGGCUUCAUGCUCUGCUGCGUCUGGGGCACCGAUCCCGUAGUCAGAAAAGCAGUUGGAACAGGCAAACCCGCCCCAAAACUGAUACAAGUGAACGGAGAACUUGUCGAACAAGUGCAUCAAAUCGGCCUCCAAUUGUUCGACUACAAACUCUUCGCGCUCCCCACGGAGAUGGCGCAGCACAUAGCCCUAUGCUGCCGCAACGACCUCCGCAGCGUGUUUAUCGCGCACGACAAGCGAUUUCUCGGCAUAAUCCUGCAAGAGCUGGAUGCCCUCGUGCAUACACACCGCGUGCUCAGCCCAGCACAGGCCCAACUACUUCGAGAAGGCAUUGUCCCGACAAUCCUGCCCGGCUCGUCCGAGUUUCAGGAGCUGGCCAGUCAGGCGCGCCGGGACCCUGAGACGAAGAACCGGUAUAUCCACAAGCCAAUCCGCGAGGCGCGCGGAACGGGGAUUCUGCUGGGCAGGGAUAUUUCCGCGACUCAGUGGGAGGCGAUUCUAAAAUCGAUGGAGAGCAGCUCUAGGGGAUUUAUUCUGCUGGCGAAACAACGAGCGCAGGGUCCGCAAGAGCCGUACGGUGGGCACGUACUACUCGGUGAAUGGGCGGUUUGUGGGUUUUGGAAUGUGGAGGACGGGGUCUGUGGCUGA